UUUUUUGUUUGCAUUCCGAAACGCAACACCUCACUCAUUCAUCUCUUUCAUUGGGCUCCAUGCACCAUCCGCCAUGGCACAACAGCAUAAACAACCAUCAUGAUACCCAUUCCCGAGGAGCAUCACACAACACUCAUCACACUCCGCAAUACAUCCUUGGCAUGCCUACUCGGUGGACUCUUGUCGUAUCCGUUUGAUCAGUGGCACUAUCAAUGGCAACACAAGUCCGUGGCUGCCUAUGCCGCCGACCAUGAUCGUCUCGAGUACCAAAAAUGGAAACAAAAUACUCGCAAACAGCGAUUCAUGGUGCGGCCAUUGAUGCGAUUGGUACUGCACGAAGUGUCCUUGGAAGGCGUCAAUCAGGGCCAUGCACUAUAUGAUGGCAACAACGACCAAACUACUAGUGUAAUGAUGAUCCCACAAGAAGUAUCGGCGGGGAUUGUCUCGGGUGUCACCAUGGCGCUCUUGUUGUGUCCAUUCGAGACGCAUCGGGCCAUGGCACGCGCCGAGCAAGAAAAAGCUACAUCGAAGUGGACGCAAUUUCGACAAGCCACAUUUGAUACCGGUGGCAUGAUGACCAGUACCACGCAACGACUCCAACGUGCGUACCAGGGGGUGGGAAUGCUGGCACUCCGGGAAGUCGCCUUUAAUGUCACGUUUUUUCCAUUGGCGGCUUCCAUUCGGACACAAUUAUUGCUAUUACGGCAGGACCAUCCGUAUCCUAAAAGUAGCGCCGUCGUGGCGUCCAACGUCCUGGCAGGAUCCGUCUGCAGUUUACUCGUGCUACCUCUGGAUAUCGCCCGGACGUAUCUCUGGCAUUCGGCCGAACGAUGGAAUCUGUGGAGUGGCACACGCAUGGUCGCUCCUCCGCUGGUGUUGCUGACCAGAGGAUGGACCGUACAGGCAUUGGUGCUGGGACCGGCGUUUGGAUUGGUGGCAUCCAUCUAUGAUAUGACGUGAAGUGACGUGACGUGACGUGACGUGACAUGACGUGACGUGACGUGACGUGACGUGACAGUUACAGUAGUUUGCCAGCUGGCUAUACACCGAACAGAACUACGGGACACUUCAACAAACCACAGUUUCUCGCAAAGUAUAGUCUAGUUUAGUUGCCCUUUGUUGUUGGGCAGUUUCGACUCUCAAGCCUGGCCCUCGCCUACUAGCAAGCCAGGUAGAUACUGUAGGCAGCCUUCCUCUUCAGGCCCCACCACAGGAGCAAUCACAGCCGCACAGGAGAUCAGUACACCCAAAGAACACCCCCAUUGGUCCGUCACAUGAAUGGGCAAAACCUGUUGGUAUGACACAGGUUCCAUUUACGUGGCAAAGGGACUCUGGGAAAGUUCCAGUCAACAUUGGAUUUCCAUCCAACAAUAAUGAGUGCAGUGUCUGUUGUAGAGAUGAUAGUUCCACAGGGACUGAGGCUGACAAGCUAUUGUUCGCCAAGCUUAUGAUUCGCAGACUUGAAAGUUCACCAAAUUCACUGGGGAUCUGGCCGGAGAGUUGGUUGUG